GUGUUUGCCGUUACCGUGGAGACACUUCCGUCGUCCGGACGCCGUUUGGACGUGCGGUGCCUUUCCUCCGCUAAAAGCAGGUCACUCACACCUGACUCAUCGAAGUCUUGGUAUAUACGAUUUUUUUUGUCCAAAAUUUGCUGAAAUGGCAGACGGCGUAGUUGCUGUAAGUCAACCAAAUGACGGCCCCCAAGAGCAAACAAGGGAGCACAUCCUGAGACACGGACACAAGGGAAUCAUCACUAUGAACACAGGAGCUAAGAUGGAGAGUACCACCACCCUCAAAUCAGCAUUUGCCCCUCCAAGGAGUCCAGGGGUGAGGCUGCAGGGCAUCAGGUCUGAGCUUUUGGAAAGAAGAAUUGCACAGAUAAUACGGGACAAGAUUCAUGCAGAACGGAACCCACCGCUUCCCCAAACUGACUUCGCCACCACAACUCAGAGGGAUUUUCGAGUCGAGGGAUUUGUACCCCAAACGACUAAAAUCAACCGAUUUCAUGAUUAUACAACUGAGCAGGCCAUCAGCUAUUGGAGUGAAAAUUACCAGAGGAUACAGGGGGUGAGUGCGGUAGAGUGCCCGAACACACCCUUUAGGAAGUCGGCCCAGUUUUCCACCCCCAUCGGUGAGCUGCGGGAAGACAUUGACGCCUUCAUUUAAUAAUUGACAAAAUCAAUGUUUUAUUUUUAUUUUUUUAAAAUAAAGUGGGCUUUGCCCUUGUAUGCUUCUCCUGA